AUGGACCCGGCCAUCCUCAUCUUCCUCCUUUAUCUGAUGAUCAUCCACGAGCUUGUGAGCGGCUGGAUGGAGUACCAGAAGCAGGCAACCAAACCCAAGAAGCAAGCUGGGCCUCUUUGGUCAUCCAGGUAAGUUGAUUAAUGCUGAAGUAUAAAGGCAAGAGAGGAUUCAUCCAGCACACCGAAACAUAGGUGUCUGCGUUUGCAUGUGAGUGUGUGUGUGCACGUGAAACAUUUUGCAUGCCGAGCAUGUGCUCUGCCACAGAACUAGGGCUCUUGUCACCCCCUGAGGCUCUCUGUCUGCACACUCUUGUCUGUGAGACAGAUUUGGGUGGCAGAAUUUUUGACUGCCAGCAUGCACUGAUGCUACAGAUGCACGCAAUAUCACAAUGAUCUGUGUUAAUUCAUCUGAAACAAUGAAGCCACCUAACCCUGGUUUUGACACCCCAGAUUACUUCCAGACAGCAUGUUUAUUGAGCAUUCAUGCUGCUUUGCUUGCACACAGCUUACAGUGGGAUUAGACCAUGUCCAGUCUUUAUUGAGCAUUUGUUCGGAUUUGUUUCCAGAGCAGCAUUAGAACAAUGAGUGUGCAUCUUGCAUUCAUCCUGAUUUGCUUGCAGGGUGUUUACACGUCUUCCUCCUAUCAAGUCUCCUCCACCAGGUAUGCUUUUAAUUGUGCAUUCAUGAUUAUUUGUGCUCAUGAUGGCCUCAGGAUGGAUAUACACAAUCCUGCUUUCAAUACCAUUUGCAAAAGUUUUUGGACAGACAUGCUUCUGUGCUUCCCGUUGGUGCAUGUUCCGCAACUUCCUGCUGAAACCUGUAACUUUUUAUACUACAAAUGUUCCAAAGGGGCGGGAUGUCACACCUUUGCUGCCCUAUAGCACAAGACAGCAAGAAUGUGGUGACAUAGGGGAAGUCUUGCAGAACAACUAACAAAGCAGAAUGAUGUGUGGAUGUUCCAGUACAAAUCCAUCAUUAAUUUACUAUUAUGCCGAUGGUAUAUUGCUGGGGGGGGGGGGGACCAGGGACCACCAACCUAGAAGGGACCUCCUUUGGUCAACCCAGUUUUUUGUGCUUUUCCCUGCAAUGUUUGUAACUGCAAAUAGUCUGAUAAAAGGGGUGAAAUCGUUAAGCUAGUGAGACAGAUAGCUUUAAUUGCACAAAUCUAAAUUAAACCGUAUGCACUUGAAUCCCUCCUGAAAAACACUGGUAAUUUUACUCUAAUGCAAAACAGUCCACCACCACUGAGUCAAAAGGUUGGCAGGAAAAAUGAAAUCCAGAAUCACCAGGCUCUGAAUGUUGCCAGUUGGCUAAAUGAUCUCAAGGAGGGUAAGGGCCAUAGGCAGAAGCAGAGCACCCACUUUGCAUGCAGAAGGUCCCAGGUUCAGUCCCUGGCGUCUCCAGACAGAGCUGGGAGAGGCCCUCAUCUGAAACCCUAGAAGCCCACAGCCACUGCUGAUCAGUGCAGAGCAUAGCUUUUCAGACAGUGGGUCAAGACCACCAGGUGGGCUGCAAGGCCAUCUCAGGUGGGUCAAGGCAAAGCUCUUGCUGCCAUGUCUGACUCCAGGUAAGCCUGACCAAACCAAAGCAACACUGCAUGCACUGUUUGAGCUAGGAAACAUUCUUCUGAUGAGACACACAUUUUAUUAAUUUCCAUGGAUGCUACAAAGUGGCAGGAGAAAGGCAAGAGCCUUCUUCAAUAGAGAAUACUGUAUAGUCUUCCUUAUCAUCUUCCUGUAGCUAUGCUUGUAGUGAGGGAGCUCUCUGUGGAGCAAGUCUGCUUGCUUUCUAGUCUGUUUCUAUGGCUUUUUAGACUUCUACCAGUAUGGAAUUAUGCUGGGGACUAGAAUGCAGAAGUGUCCACUGCAGUGGGCAGUUGGGCAGUUGUGCAGCACCUGCCAUCAUGAAUCUUAAAGAAAACACACUGGUUUUAAUAGCUUCUCAGCGUUUUGGAUAAGAACAAGUGUAAAAAUCAUUGGCUUUCAUUUGUGUAAGCUGCCUUGAGUCUAGGGGAAAUGUGGGAUAUGAAUACAACAACAACACAACAACAACAACAACAACAACACUAUGUUGAGAGGGAAUCUCUGCCCCACUCCUUGUACAGUGGUACCUCAAGUUAAGAACUUAAUUCGUUCCGGAGGUCCGUUCUUAACCUGAAACUGUUCUUAACCUGAGGUACCACUUUAGCUAAUGGGGCCUCCUGCUGCCACCAUGCCACCACCGCGUGAUUUCUGUUCUCAUCCUGAAGCAAAGUUCUUAACCCGGGGUACUAUUUCUGGGUUAGCAGAGUCUGUAACCUGAAGCGUCUGUAACCUGAGGUACCAUUGUACUGCUAAAUGAAGCUGUGUAUCAUCAUAUGCCUCUAACUUCUGUUUGUCCUUUGGUUUCUAAGCAUGGGUCCAAUAGGUUUUUCUUUUGUCCUCCCACUUUCCCCAGGAAAACCCUUGGUUUACUGCAGAAUCAGAGCGAAAGUCGACCGGGUUUUCUGCUGAUUUAUGUUUGUUCCAUUUCAGCAGUAAACAGUGGGUAUUUCUGGGGAAAGCGGUGGGGCAAAAGAUAAACGGCUCAGACCCAUGACUAGGAAUCAAGGGACAAACGGAAGUGUGAAUGAGCCCUCAGUUGAUGGGCAGCAACAGCAGAAGGCCCCUGCCGUCAUGCCCACAGGGUUGCCACACAUCCAGAAUUUCCCAGACAUAUCUGGAAUACUGCAGUUGGAAGCAGUGUCCAGGUGGAAACUGCUAAACCGUCUGGGAAAAUCCAGGUGUAUGGCAACCCACGUCGGCGGUGUCGUUUUGGGCUCAAAAACUCAAAAAGCGCAAAACCUUUUUAAAAAAAAUUGCCAUACUUUUUCUGGCGGAUUUUCAGAGUUUGAAAUAUAGCAAUCCUAGUCAUGUCUUAUCUGUGAAUUUCCUGAUAUGGUUGCCAGAGCUCCAGUCUCUAGGUUUUCCUAGCCCCCUCCAGGUGUAGGGCUUGAAUCUCCAAGUGGGUAAGAGUCCCUCUUGUAAUAGUAAUAGUAAUAGUAAUAGUAAUAGUAAUACAGUGGUACCUCUGGUUAAGAACUUAAUUUGUUCUGGAGGUCCGUUCUUAACCUGAAACUGUUCUUAACCUGAGGUACCGCUUUAGCUAAUGGGGCCUCCCGCCGCUGCCACACCAUCAUCAUGUGAUUUCUGUUCUCAUCCUGAAGCAAAGUUCUUAACCCGAGGUACUAUUUCUGGGUUAACGGAGUUUGUAACCUGAAGCGUCUGUAACCCGAUGGACCACUGUACUAAUAGUAAUACUUAAGACUACACACAAAGCUUACAAGCUUCCUCUUGCAGGAGCUGGCUACUGGUUACAUACCCCAACAUUCCUCAGACAAAAUAGGGACAUUUCUCACUCUCCCCACAACUGACCCUACUCCGCCUACCAUUUUUGUGUGUGUCCUCCUAUCAGAAGAAGGGCGAUCGUCACCACUGCUACACCAACGGGACAUAGGACACACACACACUCCAUCGUCCUGAGAAACCCCUUAAUCCCAGUUCUGUUUUAUUCUUUGGGAGAUUUACAAAAAGAAAAACACACAGCAAUAAAUAAAUUCUAGAAAGGGGCAAGAUUAAAAAAGGGUGCACAAAGCACUUUUUAAUUUUAAUUUUUAAUCAAUAUUCCUUUUUUUUUUUUUUAAGAAUAUUUAUUCAAGUUUUAAAAUUACAAAAAAGAAAGAACAAACAAAACAAGAAAAUCAGUCACAUACAUCUUACAAAAGAUACACACCAUACAAGGAAAAAAAAGGAAAAAGGAAAAAAUACACAAAAUCAAAAAUCACAAUAAAAAAUAACAAGAAAAAAAGAAUUCAAAUUUAACAAACCGUUUUCCCAUUUACUUAUUUCCGUGACUUCCUCUCACUUCUCUGCUUUGUAUUCUAAUUCAAAUUGUAUCUCCAGCAAAUCCUUCUAACCUUCUUUUCAUUCACUUAUUUUAACAUUUUAACAUUCAAAAAUAUUUAAUUCUCCUCUAUCCUUUAGUUUACACUUUAUAUUUACUUAAUUCCAUUAUACUCUGUCUGCCAAUACGGUCUAAUAUUUCUUCUCCAACCUUUCCUAACAUUCUUUUAUGUUACAGUGAUUCUGUAAAUAUAUUUUAAACUUUUUCCAAUCUUGUUCCAUCAACCCUUCUUCUUGAUCUCGAAUUCUUCCAGUCAUCUCUGCCAGUUCCAUAUAGUCUAUCACUUUUCUCUGCCAUUCUUCUCGGGUAGGCAAUUCUUGUGUCUUCCAAUAUUUCCCGAUGAGUAUUCUUGCUGCUGCUGUCGCAUACAUAAAAAAAGUUCUAUCUUCCCUUCGCACCAAUUGGCCGACCAUGCCCAAGAGGAAGGCCUCUGGUUUCUUUAAGAAAGUAUAUUUCAAUUCCUUUUUUAAUUCAUUGUAUAUCAUUUACCAGAAUGCCUUGAUCUUUGGGCACGUCCACCAAAGGUGAAAGAAAGUACCUUCGUUUUCUUUACAUUUCCAACAUUUAUUAUCAGGCAAGUGAUGAAUUUUUGCUAGCUUGACUGGGGUUAAGUACCACCUGUAAAUCAUUUUCAUUAUGUUUUCUCUUAAAGCAUUACAAGCCGUAAAUUUCAUACCUGUAGUCCAUAACCGUUCCCAGUCAGCAAACAUAAUGUUAUGCCCAACAUCCUGCGCCCAUUUAAUCAUAGCAGAUUUAACCAUUUCAUCCUGUGUAUUCCAUUUCAGCAGCAAAUUAUACAUUCUUGACAAAUUUUUAGUUUUAGGUUCUAACAAUUCCGUUUCCAGUUUAGAUUUUUCCUCCUGGAAGCCAAUCUUUUUAUCUAAGUUAAAAACCUCCCUUAUUUGAUAAUAAUGCAACCAAUCUCUGACUUUGGUUUUUAAUUUGUCAAAACUCUGCAAUUUUAAUUUAUCUCCAACUUGUUCUAAAAUUUCACAAUAUUUUGGCCAGUUUGUCUCCAUAUUGGUUUUUUCAAUGCCUUUGCCUCCAUUGGUGAUAGCCACCUUGGUGUUUUACUUUCCAACAAGUCCUUAUAUCUCACCCAAACAUUAAACAAUGCUUUCCUGACAAUAUGGUUCUUAAAGGCCUUAUGCGCUUUAACUUUAUCAUACCAUAAAUAUGCAUGCCAUCCAAAAACGUUGUCAAAACCUUCUAAAUCCAAAAUGUCCACGUUUUCAAGAAGUAGCCAAUCUUUCAGCCAGCAAAAGCGGCUGAUUCAUAGUAAAGUUUAAGAUCUGGCAGGGCAAAUCCCCUCUUUCCUUUGCAUCUGUUAAUAUCUUAAAUUUUAUUCUAGGUUUUUGCCCUGCCAGAUAAAUUUGGAAAUGUCUCUUUGCCACCUCUUGAAACAGUCCAUUUUGUCCACAAUUUGUAAUGUUUGAAACAAGAACAACAUUCUAGGCAGUACAUUCAUCUUUAUCGCAGCAAUUCGGCCAAGCAAUGAUAACUUCAAUUUUGACCAUAUUUCUAGAUCUUUCUUCACCUCUGACCAUAAUUUUUAAUCAAUAUUCCUUGCCCAUUGCUCCACCUUUCUCCCUGCCCAGGAAACUCUGCCCUUUUGCUGUCCCUCCCAGCCAGAGCAUCACGCAGGGCUGGUGCUUGACAGUGGCUGCCUCUCAUCCAGGCAAGCAGGGUGGAGAGGACCGGGGGGCAUAGCCCCAGUCACAUGCUUUUUUAGGGGGUGCAAGUCAGGUGUCCUCCAGUGGUGUAGGGAGCUCCAGUGGCACCUGUGGUGCAUGCUAGCACGCACACACCACACCAUGCAGGCGGGACAUGCCAGGGUAAGGCAUGCUGGGUUUGGCCUCCAGAGCUGCGUCCCUCACUGGCACACUCCACCUGGAGGGGGGCUGAGGGGGAUGUGGCCUGCAUGCGCUGAUCCCACGCUGCCCACAAAAGCAGCGCGGGGCUUGGGAGCCAGUGUGGUGUAGUGGUUUGGAGCGGUAGUCUCGUAAUCUGGUGAACCAGGUUCGCUUCCCCGCUCCUCCACAUGCAGCUGCUGGGUGACCUUGGGCCAGUCACACUUCUCUGAAGUCCCUCAGCCCCACUCACCUCACAGAGUGUUUGUUGUGGGGGAGGAAGGGAAAGGAGAAUGUUAGCCGCUUUGAGACUCCGUCAGGUAGUGAUAAAGCAGGAUAUCAAAUCCAAACUCUUCUUCUAAAAUAAAAAUGAUCAGAAGAAGAAGAAGAAGAAGAAGAAGAAGAAGAAGAAGAAGAAGAAGCAGCAGCAGCAGCAGCAGCAGCAGCAGCGCGGGGCUGACACCCAAGCUGCCACAUCCCCAUAGCUGUCAACUUUCAGAUUUGAAAAUAAGGGAUCAGCAGCCUCACCUACGGGAUAUCUAACAAUCCGGGAUAGCAGCAGGAAGCAGCAGGAAAAGGCACUGAAAUAAGGGAAUUUCCUGCAAAAAAAGGAAAGGUUGACAGCUAUGCACAUCCCUCCCAGGCAUCCUUCAGGUGGAGCACAGCUGAGGGGGAGGCGGAGGACGCCCAGGAGAAACGUGCUGGCUUGGGCACACUGCAGACCCAUUGCUGCUUACAGGGGCCAGUGUGUGCCGGUUGUGUCCUUCUCAGCUAACCUCUGGAGGCUGGGGUGGGGGAAGGCAGCAGCUUGGUGCACUGUGAGCCCCAGCCCUGGGCCACGGUAAUUUGGGAGUGGUGCGAUAGGCUCUGGGGCACCUGGGCUUGCGUGCCACCUUGGGCUCUGGCAUGCCGCCUCCAAAGGUAAGUGCUGCCGGGGCGCCCCUCCCCCUGCCCCCUAGCUAUGCUACUGGAGCCCCCACACAGGGAUCCCUGCCCUGUCUGCCACUGUGGGGCUCUGGGGCCCAGAGCCCGACCUGGUCUUGCUGCCACAGUGUUGUGGGAAUGCACCCAUUGGCUGGCUGGGCUCCCCCCUGUGCAAGUGGGCGAGUGGGCGGUGUGACACAGCACAGCCCUAUGAACCCUCUUUUCCCUGUGCCCGCUCUGCAGUGGCGGCAAGACUUCAUCAUCAUCAUUUUUUAUUUGUAUGCCGCCUUUCCACAAUUAAAAACAAUGCUCAAGGCGGCUUACAACACGACAAGAUUUACAUAACUAUGAAAGUCAUAAACAAUAAAUAAACCACGUAAAAAAAAAAAUACACAACCAAAUGGAAAACUUCCACAUACCGUAUUUUUCACUCUAUAAGACGCACGUUUCCCCUCCUAAGAAGUAAGGGGAAAUGUCUGUGCAUCUUAUGGAACGAAUGCAGGCGAGAGGCUCUGCUCAGCGCUCCCUUUAAAGAGCCGCAUGAAGCGUGUGUGCAGCUCUUCGGGGCUUUUCCCCGAGGAGGGAGAAGCGGUGCCCCUCUCCCUCCUCGGGGAAAAGCCCCCAAGAGCCACACACACACUCCACACGCUCUUUAAAGGGAGCGCAGCUCUAGGGGGAGCCUGAGCUGCGCGCAGCCUCUCCCAGGCAGGGGAUGAAGGCUCCCCUUGCCCGGGAGAGGCUGUGCAUGGCCAAGCAAGAAGCCAGGACAGCUAGCGGGAUCGCUGCGCUGCGAUCCCGCUAGCUGUCCUGGCUUCUGGGAUUCAGAAUAUUUUUUUUCUUGUUUUCCUCUUCUAAAAACUAGGUGCGUCUUAUGGUCUGGUGCAUCUUAUAGAGCGAAAAAUACAGUAAAUCAAAAUCUAAAACUAAGAAUACAGCAUUAAUAUCACAGUUUAAAAUGACAUAGGUAAAAAAUAACAGCAAUUUAAACAAAAAACCAAAGAAAACGGAGCCCUCUCUGCUCAGCAGUGGCAGCAGUCCUUUAUAGAGCCCAUGAAGCCCCGCCCUGGGCCAGGUGGUGAGUGACAGGACUGGGGCCCUCAGGCACUGAGCAGGGGAGUCCUCCUGGGUGGUAGCAGCCACAGCAGCAGAUCUUAUAGGCCUGUCAGGCCCCACCCUGGGCCAGGUGGCGAGUGGCAGGACUUGGGCUGGUAUGGGGGGGGAUUACCCUCUGGGCCCAGCCCCUGGUCCUGUCUGGCGCAUGUGUGUACCCCGGGCACCAGCAAAGGACGCAAUCCUGCUGCUCUCUUCACCCCCUAUCUAGCAGCCACUAUGAGCGAUUUCAUUAGAUGAUUGGGAAAAACUUUGGAAAUCAGAUAUUAAUUUCACCGCAUGUAUUACUAUCAAAGAAAACAUUAUGAAGAUGUUUUACAGGUGGUACUUAACCCCUGUAAAACUGGCUAAAAUUUAUAAACGUAACAUCGAAUCUGUGUUGGAGAUGUAAGGUAUCAGAGGGAUCCUUAUAUCAUGUCUGGCGGGGAUGUGAUAAAAUUAAAAUUUUGGGGAGGAAAUAUACAUGAGGAACUGAAAAAAAUGUUUAAAACAACAACUGGUAAGAAGCCGGAAACAUUCCUUUUAGGAAUUAUAACAAAUGACAUCCUCAAAGACAUGAAGAGAAUCUUUUUAUAUGCAACAGCCGCUGCAAGGUUAUUGACUGCAAAAAAUUGGAAAUCAGAAGAAGUACCAACAUUGAAAGAUUGGCAACAUAAAUUUUUUGAAAUGAUUGAAUUAGCGAAAAUGACGGCGACAAUUAGAAUGCAUUCUAAUCAAAAUCUCAAACAGGAAUGGAAAUGUGUAGAAGAAUACAUGACCAAAAGAUGCUCCAACAAGAAUUUAUUGCUAUGUAUAGACUGAUUUCACAAAGUGAAGUUAAGCUAAGCAGAUAUAUAAGAUUGAAAGCUUAAUUAUUAAGAUACAAAAUUACAAUCUCAAUAAUAAAUUUACAAAAUAAUAACAGGUGCGGGUGGAGGGAAGACACAGGGCAAGAAAUAAGAAAGGGAUAAACGUUGGUACAUAAUGAAAUGUGAAAAUGUGAAUUUAUGAAUAUAAUGCAUAUGUAUCAUUAUGUAAAGAUUUCAAAUAUGUAUCGCAACAUUAAUAAUUAAUUAAUUAAUUAAUAAUAGCUGCCCAGCAGAGGAGGCCAGUGGCAACCAUGGAGAGGCAGCAGGGGUCUCCCUUGCAGCAGCCACAGUCACCUUUGUCAUAGCUUGGAACAAGCACCAACUCAUCCUCCUUUCUGAGCUUUGCGCUGGCAGUGCUGGCGGGGGGACGGGGACGGGACAGGGGCAUUCCAGGAUCAAAUCAGAAGCUGGGAUGGCUUUUGUAAUUCCUGGGACUGUCCCUGGAAAAUCAGAGUACUUGUGGGAGGCUAUGAGAUUAUAGAAUAUACAUGCUGGCUCAAUCGUGUAGGUAUAUGAUAUAUGGUACACCAAACUUACUUACUUAUUCACUUAUUUACUUAAUUUGGAGUUCAGGGAAUAUUCACUUUGAUUCUCCUUUAAGUUUUUUUUUACAACUUUACUGCCAUCUUCCUGAUCCUUUGGCCAAAGUUGGCAGGUGGCUUAUAUUGCAUUUGAAUGAAUGCUCAAGAAAAAGCCAACUGGUUUCCAGGGAGGUUUGAUGAUGUUGCCCCAAGCAAUUGUUAUCCAAUAAUUUCUAGGGCAUUUUUACAUCUGUUACUUUAUUGCAAAAAGUCUGAUUUCAGGCAAGUGGGUUUUGCAAAAGGUGCCAAAUCAGCUUUAAUUGUGCAACCUAAAUGUGGUGGUAUGCACUUAGGACCAUAGAAUCACAGAAUUGUAAGGCUGGAAGGGAAUCCCAAGGGCCAUCGAGUCCAACCCCCUGCAAUGCAGGAAUCAUAGCUAAAGCAUCCCUGACAGAUGGCUGUCCAAUCUCUAUUUAAAAACUUCCAGUGAAGGAGAGUCCACUUUCUUGAAUCUCAGGUGAAAAUAGCAGUGGUCUGACUAAGUUGCAUUUUGAAGUUUUGUGCAAAGAAGGACCUGGAAACUAGUAGCCAACUACAGCAUCAUUCCAGCAGGGCUCUUCUUGAUGUUCUCCUUUUGCUUUUUCACCCAUAAUAAUUUUUAUUAAGUUUUCAAUUUUUUCAUAUUCACAUUUUGUUACAUAAUUCCAUAUCCUAAUACAUUGCUCUAACAGAGCAUCGACCUCCUUCCCUCCCUCUUUCUGACUUCCAUACAUCUUACUAAAUUCUUAGCAUUUCUAUAAUCACUUUUAUCUUUCUUCAAUAUUUCACCUUAUUUUUGGUAACUCAGUUCCUUAUAUAUUUACACCCUUUUGCUUUUUUUCAGCCGUUCCUCACGGAUGAACCACUCAGGCUUUUCUCAGCCGCUGGUUUACCCACCACGGAGGGACCGGUACAAAGACUGGAGGAAGCCAGGCAGAAUCCUCAGGAAGGUAUAA